AAAGAAUGGAAUCAACACAUGAUAAAUGCAUAUUAUAAAUUUUGUAAAGAGAGAUGUGUUUUACCACAAAUAAUUGAGAAUAAUAAAGAGCAAAAACUUGAAUUAAUUGGAACAAACAAUGGUACCAACGAAGCGAAACGAAAAUAUCAAUUGAUAAUUGAUUUAUUAAAACAACAAAAAAUAAUUGAAUCAUUAUCAUCACGUCCAAGAUCAGCAGCGCAUUCAUUAACAAGGAGUAACAGUUUUAACACAACAACAGUUGGUUCUACUACUAAAUGUUAUAAUAUAAUGUUAAGUUAUUGUCAAAAAGAUACAAAUAUAUGUCAUCAUUUAGGUGAACGUCUUAUUGAUGAGGGUUUUUCUUUAUGGAUGGAUUCCGUCACUACAUCAUCAUUAGUACAAAUUGAUAAAUCAGAUUGUAUUAUUAUUUGUCUUAGUGAAAAUUAUUAUGAAAAUAAAUUAUGCAAAAAAGAAUUAGAAUAUGCAAAUCAAUCUGGUAAAGUAAUUAUACCAGUUAAAGUUCAAAAUUAUAGAUUAACUGGAUGGCUUGGAAAAUUACUGGAUGGAAAACCUUUAGUGUUCUGUUUGUACGGAUCGAAAAAUCAUUUUGAUUUAGAAUAUGAUAAAUUAUUACUGGAACUCCUUCAUUAUACAAAACCAGGCUAUGUUUCUCUAUUACAACAAACAUCAACUAUUACAUCACAAUUAAAGAAUGAUGAAAACCGACGACAACAACGAGAAUUAAUUCAUUCAACACACAUAGAUAAAAUGUUGAGUUUAGGAAGAAUUAAAGAAGAUGAUAUGAAAAUUUUAAUUUACAGUUUACAAAAUGUAAUUAGCGAUAUAGAAUCGGAGGGUGAGAACACAGAAGAAACAAAUGAUGAUGAUAAACGAAAUACUUCUUUCUCUAAUAAACAUAAUUCUGAUGAAUUAGUUUUAUGUUUAAAACGUUGGCUACAAAAAGCACCAAAUGUAACAAAACUCAACAUAGCACCAUUUACAAUAACAGGUGAUAUCAAUGAUGCACCAUUUCCGUACGCAGAUACUAUGUGUCAAGAAAAACGAUCAUAUUUUGAUGAAACUCGUGAUUUUCCGCGUCCUACACCUAGAUUGGCAAAUGAUUAUGAAGUACAAGAUGAAAACAAUGAUUUCUACGAAGAAUAUCCAACACUAACACCACUACUAGAGAAUAAUGUAGUUAUUAAACACAGAAAUCAAGGUACAUUCUGCUGGCUUCAGGGAGAUAUAGAUUGGACAGGACAUGAACACAAACUAAGAAAACGGUUAACAAGGUCAAUGAAAGAAAAACCUCUUAUUAAACCUCGAAAGAAUGAUAGACAUUUUGAAAGUCUAAUACUGAAACGUGACCCGAAUUGUUGGUUCGGCAUUCGAGUUAGUGGCCCGUUAGUGGAAAAUAAAGUAGACAUGAAACAAUGUGAACAAUUAGAUGAUACACAACUAAUGCAAGGACAACGAGAACACAUAAAAAGAUAUUUUCUUACAAAGUAUAAAGAAUUAACACCAGAAAAAUUAGAACCAUAUUUAAAGUUUUCUCAGAGAAUGAAAAUGAAUGCAAUUGAAUUAGAUAAAUUAUGUAUUACUAAUAAAUAA